AUUUUUGCAUCUGUUUGUUUUGGUGUUCAUUAAUGGCUUAAUGCUUCUGUUAGCUUUAUUCUUGAGUGCUUAUUUGAAGUUUUGGCUUAAUUACCAGGGAGCUAAGACUCAGCUUUCAGCUUCCUUUUGCUGUUGAAUAGCUUCAGAGUUGGUAUUUUAAACAAAGAAAAGCUGCUUAUUGGUAGUUUUAAUCCAUGGACUCUACUGGGUUGACCUAACUCAAAGUGAAUCUCAAUUGGGUUUUGUGUAGAUUUAAGAUUGGAGGAGAAGAAACAAGGAGUAGGAAAGAGUUAAAAAAGAAACUAGAAUUUUUCUAGUUUGAUUUCAACAUGUCUGUAGCAUUAUUUUGGGUUGCAUCAACAAGCUCAGAAUUAUCAAAUUCCUUUGGUUUCUUUGAUUCUCUCCGAGAUGGUAAUCGUCUUUUUGACUCGUCAAGAUUAGGAUCUCGAGAUCGGAGUUUGUUUUUUAGUUCUAGAGCCAAGAAGGGUAGGAGCCAGAGGUUGAAUCCUGGCUCUAUAUGCACAGAUUUGAGGUUAGGUUGCUCUAACUUUGAUGGGCAAAGCAACAUGCCUCUGACAUCAAGUAUGGUAGUCAGUCCAGCCGGGGAAAUGGCCAUCUCAUCUGAGGAGAAGGUUUACAAUGUGGUGUUGAGGCAGGCAGCCCUUGUUAAGAGGCAGCUGAGGUCUAGUAGUGGAGAGCUUGAUGUGAAGCCGGACAUUGUUUUGCCCGGGACUUUAAGCUUGAUGACUGAGGCUUAUGACCGAUGUGGUGAAGUUUGUGCAGAGUAUGCAAAGACAUUUUACUUGGGAACUUUGUUGAUGACUCCUGAAAGGCGAAAGGCUAUUUGGGCUAUAUAUG